GCGAAAGGUGAUGAACAGCCUUAAUACUAACGAGGAGUAUUCGCACACAAUCGUCUUUACGAUUAAUAGCAGUCUGAUUCAUGCUUCCUGCUGUUGCCAGCCCUGAUUCAUAGGAUCAUGGUUGACCGAUUGGUAAACAGUGAAGCCAAUGCAAGACGCAUCGCGAUGGUGGAAAACUGCUUCGGCAGUUCGGGCCAGCCAUUGGCAGUACCUGGAAGAGUUCUUGUAGGAGAAGGCGUAUUGACAAAAAUGUGCAGGAAGAAAGCCAAGCCUAGACAGUUUUUUUUAUUUAAUGACAUAUUAGUAUAUGGGAAUAUAGUAAUUAAUAAGAAAAAGUACAACAAGCAGCAUAUUAUACCUUUGGAGGAAGUGAAACUUGAAUCUUUAGCUGAUGAUGGUCAGUAUCGCAAUGGCUGGCUCAUUAAAACAGUAACAAAGUCGUUUGCUGUUUAUGCUGCUACUGCAACAGAAAAACAAGAAUGGAUGGCACAUAUUACAAAAUGUAUUGAGGAUUUAUUAAGAAAGAGUGGUAAAAAACCAGUAGAAGUUCAUGCAGCAGUAUGGGUACCAGAUAAUGAUGCACCAAUCUGUAUGCAUUGUAAAAACACACAAUUCACGGUUUUAAAUAGACGGCAUCAUUGUAGACAAUGUGGAGCAGUUGUAUGUGGUCCUUGCAGCAAUAAAAAAUUGUUAUUACCUGGACAAGGAAAUGGGAAGGCCGUCCGCGUAUGUUUGCAGUGUUAUGAUGCAGCUAGUAAAGUUAAAGCAUCAACUCCAGUCAAUAUUGACAGUAUAAACAAUAAAGAUCAACAACGUAAUUCCGCAGACAGUUCAGGAGGUGAUAGUUCUGGCGACGAAGACGAAGGAAAUAAAGAUGAAAGUCACGAUGAACCUAAAUUUUAUUCACCGCUCGCUCGAUGAAGAUGGCUCAAUGAAAAAACAAAUGUUUAUAUAAAAAAUUGUUAAGAAACAUAUUUUAAAAUGCGAAUCAUGUUAAGUUCAGAUUUAUACUCAAAUUUAUACUAAAUCAAAUUUUUUGAAAAGCUUUUAAAAGCAUUAAAAUUUGUAAAAAUGGA